AUGGAACAUCUAACAGAGGAAGAACUUUAUAAUAUAUUGAAUGGUGACAGUGAUAAUGAACUUUUAGAAGACCAAGCUAGUGAUGACGAUGCUGACCCCAAUUAUGAAUUAGAAAGUGAAAACGAAGAGGAGCAAGAGAACAAUGGAAUAAGGGAAGUGGAACAAAUUGCAAAUCCUGGCGAAUAUACUUGGAGGCCUGUUGGUGAGUUGAAUGAACUUACUCAAUUACAUUUCAACCCCAGAGCAGAUGUUGUUGGAGUGAACCCUGAUAUCCUAGAAACAAUGAUUGAUGCCAAUCCAAUAGACUUCUUAGAACUUUUUGUGACAGAGGAUGUGAUUAAUUAUUUAGUUAUAGAAACCAAUAGAUACGCAAAUCAACGAUUAGCUAAUACCCGUUUGUCAGCUGGAGCAAGAAUGAACAAGUGGGUGAACACAACAGUAAAAGAAAUGAAGCUUUUUCUUGGUAUGAUUAUAUAUAUGGGAAUUCUUGUACUGCCAACAGUUGCCCACUAUUGGAGGAAAUCUAGUAUUUUCACCAGUGUGCUGCCAAAAUAUAUGUCUAGGAAUAGGUUUGAACUCCUUCUCUCAAACUUUCACUGUGCCAACAACGAAGAAGCUCCUGUUCCAAACAACCGCCUGCACAAAAUUCAAAGUCUUGUUGACAUGUUGGUUGAAAAUUUCCAACUUGUUGUCAAUCCAGGGGAAGAUAUGUGCAUUGAUGAAAGUAUCAUCCCAUUUCGUGGACGUUUGGUUUUUCGACAAUACGUAAAAAAUAAAACCCAUCCAUAUGGAAUAAAAAUAUUCAAAAUGUGCGUGAAAGACUGCUACACUGUAUCUUACAAGAUAUAUGCUGGACGCGAAGCCACUCCAAAUACAGAUGUUGCCACAAAAGUUGUUCUAGAACUAGUUGAACAAUAUUUGAAUAUGGGAAGAACUCUCUACGUGGACAAUUGGUACACCAGUGUACGUCUUGCUGAUGCCCUAUUGCAAAAAAACACACAUCUUGUUGGAACGCUACGCAAAAAUAGGAAAUUCAAUCCACCCAAUGUUGUGAAUAAAUCAUUACGAAGAGGAGAAAUUACAGCCCAAAAGAACAACAAAAACAUUGUUAUAUUGAAGUGGAAGGACAGGCGCGAUGUGUUGAUGCUCUCUACUAAACAUGUAGAUAACAUGCAGACUGUUGAGAAGAGGGGAAGGGAAGUCACAAAGCCUGCAGCAGUCUUCGAUUACAACAAGGGGAAGUCUUUUAUCGAUUUGAGUGACCAGAUGGGGGCUUAUUCUGGGUGCCUUAGACGGGGAGUCAAAUGGUUCAGAAGCCGAAGCGAGUAG